AAACCUACUAGUGCGAAGACGAGUCGUCCAGUUUCACGUAUUAAAGCUGCGUGACCCGGAGGUCCACAUCCCUGCGCCGUCUCGUCUGCGCCGACCCGUUUUCAGCCAACUUUCUGCCGAGUCAUCUGGAGACGCGCAGCUCCGCCCCGGGACUCGGCUCCGCUCCGGUUCCGCUCAUCCUCAGUCAGCGCGGACGGCACCGACAUGUCAGGGCCGGUGAGAGAGGAGCCUGGACCACCGGGGAGGCGUCGCGGGUCUGACACGAUCCGAGUAGCGGCGAAGAGUCCAACAGACAGACGGGACUUUGACGUCAGAGGAGACUGCACCGUAAGACAGUUAAAAUGCGGUCUGUCGGAGCGUCUGGGAGUCCCAGCAGAGCAGCUGGUGCUGAUCCACUCGGGCCGGGUUCUCGGAGAGUCCGAGGUGUUGAGUCACCUUGAGGCACCGGAUGGAACAGUCAGUGUCUGCGUGAUCCGCAGUGGUUCUGCUUCAGAGACGACUCCGUCAGCCCUCACACACGAUGCAGCUGCAGCGUCUCCCACCUCUCCCCUCUGUCUGGUGGACGGGCUGGAGUCUCUGACCAGCAGCGGGUCUGGCCUCUUCGCUGCGCUCCAGCGCCAGAUGGAGCGGCAGCUGUUGGCCGACCCAGAGAUGAUGCGCAGUGUGCUCGGCGGCCGCUUAGCGCAGAGCACGCUCUCCUCCGCCAGCCCUCAGCUCACCAGACUGCUCAUUCUGUCAAAUCCUCAGAUUCAGCAUCUUCUAGAGACAAACCCGGUGUUUGGAGAUAUGCUCAACAACACAGAUGUCAUCACACAGGUGCUGGAGCUCAUCAGGAACCCUGACAUGAUAGAGGAAGUGCUUCAUAAUAAAAAUGGAGCUUUAGAUGAUUCACAGCCAGUGCAGGACAACAAUAAACCCCCCACUCAUGAUUGGGAAGGUCUUGUGAAAACUGAGGAAGACGUCCAGGAACAUAGUUUCUCCCGUCACCACAGAGAUCCUCUCAGUGAGCUGAUUUCCACCCCCAGAGCUGAAGCUAAUCCUCAGCCCCCUGCUGCAGGCAUGCAGUCUUUGUUGGAGGAGGUCAUGGCCAGUCCAGGUCUGAUGGAGAGCCUGCUGUCUGGGCCCUACGUCAGCAGCCUACUCAACUGCCUCAGCCAGAACCCUGACCUGGCUGCACAGAUGCUGCUGAGCCACCCCUUAAUUUCAGGGAAUCCUCCUCUGCAGCAGCAGAUGAGGCAGCACCUCCCCCUCUUCCUGCAACAGAUGCAGAAUCCAGAGCUCUUGUCAGCUUUGUUGAAUCCCAAAACAAUGGAGGCUGUGCUACAGAUCCAACAGGGGCUUCAGACACUGGCUGCAGAGGCGCCUGGCCUCAUACCCAUGACUGGACUCACAAACACUGGGACCAGUGUCACCACUGCCCCUCCGCUUUCAUCUGACUCUGUCCCCAACAGCCAGUCAGGAGAUGGUCCUCAUGUUGCCACGGUGACUGAGCAGCAACAGAAGUUUGUCCAUCAGAUGCUAAAGGCGCUGGCUGCCACAAGUGAUGGGGUCCACAGUGAAGAGGCUGGGCUACACGAGGAGCUGCAGCAGAUGAGCUCUGUGGGCUUUGAAGACAGAGACGCCAACCUGCAGGCCCUCAUCAGCUCAGAGGGAGACCUCACUACUGCGGUACAACGUCUGCUCGGCCUCUGACUCACAUGUACUGAAGCACGUCAUGAAUAGGUGCUUUGUACAAGACAUCUGAGGCGUAGCAUUAAAGACAUACAGUAUUUAUUCCUUAACUUUCCCUUUCAGUUCAGAAAGGUAGAUACAAGAAAUUGCCUACUGAGGCAGAUAUGUGGUUGUGGGGGAAACCUUAUAUAAGAAAGACUUGUUCUAUCAAGUGAGAACUAAGAGAAUGUACUCAGGUACAGAAACAAAUCCUGUUUCUGUACAUGAGCGUUGAGGUUUUAAUAAUGUGGAAGCAAGUGCUUUCACCGUGACAUGUACUGGUACAGGUCCGUGUAAGUACUUAAGUCCACCCCACAUGCUGUAGACUUAGCAAUUGCAUAAAUAUUCAGAGCCAGCUCAUGCAUUAUUAAUCUGUGCAGCCACACUGUGACGCUCAGACCCCUUUCAUCUUGCCACCUGGACAGACUCUAAGGAAAACCUUUAACAUCUUGGCCAGGAGCUCAGUCUGUCAUGUGCUGUCUAGCCUCCCCAGGCAAAACACCAGAAAAUCAUGAAGGUACAUGAUGUAGUCCGUUUUCAUUUGAAUUUCUUUUUUUUUAGAGUGCUGUGUGAGAUCUUGUUAAUCUAGCAAAUAAAUCAUAAUAAUAAUAAAGAAAUACCGUACACCAAAUCUGAAAUAUUUGUUAAUUAAUAAUAAGAAUACAAUCAAACACACUAGAAACUAUCACUCUCUUUAAACAUCUGUCAUGAAAUAAUCACAUCAUAAUGAUGUGCUUAGUUAUUUUACUGUGCUAAUGCUAAUAUCUUACACUUCUUUACUUCAGACACUAGGGGUCAGUCACACAUUUAUUUCCCCCUAAUGUGAAAUAAAUAAGCUGAAAUCUG